UUUGUAUUGAAAAAAAUAUUCAACCGUGACACUUUAGUAUCAAACCGAAUCAUGAAUUUUUAGUAUUGCACCCCUACUAAAUAGUAGGAAUGUUGCACAAACAUUUUAGCUAGAAAUAUCAAAUAAUGCAUUUUCGUCUUAUUUUUUCACAGAACUGACUGAUCAAGAACCACAAARUGAUACCACACAUCAAGGACCCUCUGCCAUUCCUGAAGAUGAUGAGGAUAACAUCUUUGCUAACCCUGAAGGCUCUUYAGUUAUGGAGUUGCUGAACCUGCCUCAGCAUGAUGAACACCCAACAGYAUCACACAGCCUUGACGUUUCAUCAGACAUAAAACAGACAAGUACUCCUGAUCAUCUGUCAGAAGAUGAAGUCUUUUUUGAUGAUUUCACAGAUGAGGACAGCGCAAUGUUCAAUGUACAGGAGGAUAUGGGAUUAAGCUCUUGCACAGACACUACAGAUGGACCACUUUACACUGAUGCGCCGAUUUCUGUUGCAGAAAGCCUUGUACUUAUAAUGACAUUUGCAAACAGACACAARUUGACAGGGAAAGCACUUAAUGACUUGAUCACACUUAUUAGCUUACACUGUCCAAAUGACAUCCAAACAGAAUGUCUUCAAAAUCUACAAAAAUUUAAACAAUUUUUCGACAACUCCUCAUCUUCAAAUGUAAUUUUGCACAAAUAUUGCAGUGUGUGUUUAUUAUCAGUUGAAAGCACUGACACAAAAUGUAAAUCUUGUGAAGCAGAUUUGUCAGUGGAAGGCUCUACAUCAUAUUUUAUUGAAGUUUCCAUUGAAGCACAGCUUAAAUCGCUGUUUGCUAAGGAAGGAUUUGAAGAGCAACUAAUGUUUAGAUUUGAAAGAGAGAAAAAAGACCAUMACAGUGUUGAAGACAUUUAUGAUGGUGAGGUUUAUCAAAAACUUUCAACAUGCAAAGGGCCCCUGUGUGACCCAAAAAACAUUUCUUUUACAUGGAACACAGAUGGAAUACCAGUCUUUAAGUCCUCUAAAUUUUCUGUGUGGCCCUUUUAUUGUAUAAUAAAUGAGUUAAGCUUUGUUCAGCGCACAAAACGUGAAAACAUGAUAAUGGCAGGUCUUUGGUUUGGGGAUUCAAAGCCAUCAAUGUUAACAUUCCUUGAACCGCUGAUUAAAACUCUUAACAAAAUAGAACAAGAUGGCAUUACAGUUCAGUUUGCAAAGGCACAGGAACCUUUCAAAUGCAAAGUAUUCACUAUUGCAGGAACAUGUGAUUUGCCUGCAAAAGCAAUGGUACUUAACACUGUCCAAUUUAAUGGCAAGUUUGGAUGUUUAAAAUGUGAACAGCCUGGCCAAACAGUAAAAACAGGAGAGAGAGGCCAUGUCCAUUCAUUUCCAUUCCAGGCAGCAAACCCAAAAGGCUUGCCACGUACCCACAACAGCCUCAUAGAUAAUGCUAAGCUAGCCUAUGAGUCUGACAGUGUUGUACAAGGUGUAAAGGGCCCUACAUAUCUCAGCAGACUAAAAAACUAUAACUUGGUGCUGAGUACUGGCAUAGACUACAUGCACUGUGUUUUAUUGGGGGUCAUGCGGACAUUGAUAUUUCUGUGGUUCUCCACUGAGUUUUCUCGAAGUGCUUUUAGCCUUGUCAAAUCAGUUACAGAGGUGGACAAAAGAAUGAAAGAAAUUCAACCUCCAUUUUUCAUAAGAUUCCCUCGAUCUCUGUCCUCUCACAGAAUGUUCUUUAAAGCAUCUGAGUACCGGUCCAUUUUGUUAUUUUUUGGACCAGUUGUGUUCCGAGGAAUUCUUGCCGACCUUUACUACAACCAUUUCCUGCUGCUUAGUGAGGCCGUCUUUAUUCUGUUGAUGGAGUCCAUCACACC